GAUGUAGCAGAUGAUAACAAAAAGCCCCGUUUCAUAUCAUCAGAGUGAAACAUGCGUCUGCUGGAGCAAAGUAAUCUACUAUGGCGCCUAAGUAUGCCCCAAGUUUGCGCUCUCGUUUGGCUCCUUUGUUGCUUUCCUUGCAGAUAGGCUUUAUUGUUGUGUAUUACUUUUACGUUGAGAUUGAAACCAAUGUGAAUGGGAACACAUUCAGCAAUAUUUACCCAGUGUUCCAGGAUUUGAACGUGAUUGUCUUUUGGGGUUUUGGCUUCUUGAGCACUUUUUUAGUGCGCUAUGGUUUCAGUGGCUCAGGGUUCAACCUUCUUGUAGCUGUCAUAGCCAUCCAGUGGGGACUCAUACUCAAUGGCAUAGAGUCCUGGUAUUACAGACGGACGAUUAAGAUUGACCUGAGAAGCUUGGUGGUUGCUGAGAUGUGCACGGCCUCUGUUCUGAUCUCAAUCGGGGCUGUGCAAGGCAAAACAAAUCCUAUCCACCUCAUUCUCAUGGCCCUGCUGGAGGUAUUUGGCUUUGUCCUGAAUGAGUGGCUCCUGCUGACUCUGCUCAUGAUCCAGCCUUUGGACUGCAUCAUGGUGCUUCACAUCUUUGGAGCUUUCUUUGGUCUCAUGGUGACGUGGAUUCUCUAUCGGAAAGAAUCAGAGGGAUUCGAGAAGGAGAAACUUGACUGCAAAACAGGAUUGUUCUCCAUGUUAGGUGCUGUGUUGCUUUGGCCAAGUUUUAAUUCUAUCCUCACGGACCAUCAAUUUCCUGAGAGGAGGUUGGGGGCAGUGUGCAGCACCUACCUGGCCCUGGCUGUCAGUGCUGUAGUAUCUUUUGCUGUGUGCGCGCUUUCCAGCCCAAAGGGAAAAGUCAAUCCAGCCAAUUUUCAGUCAUGCAUACUUGCUGGCGGUGUUGCUGUCGGGGCUUCCAUGUCAGGGAUACGUUACCCGUGGGAGGCCAUGACAAUUGGACUGACUGCGGCGGCUGUGUCAACCAUUGGAUUCCAGUACCUCAAGAACCACAUGCUGUUUGCCUUUGAGUGCCAUGACACCUGUAGUGUUCUGAGCACACAUGGACUCCCUGGUCUACUGGGGUGGCUGACACACCUCCUCCUGCAGAUUCAACACUGUGAUGAUCACACAACGGCAAUCCGGUUUGCCGUAUUUCACAUUUGUGUUCUCUUCAUCACGAUACUAAGCCUGACCAUGGGUAUCAUAACAGGGGUACUACUUAAGUGGGCUAUCUGGAGACCUCCCCAAGAUAAAAAAUGUUUUGAUGAUCAAGCUUUCUGGAAGUUUGAACAUCUUGCAGUUCGCAAGUAAUCUGAGGAGUGCCUGGAAGCGUACAUGACAUUUACAAAAGACAAAUGGAAAAACAUGCAUCCUGCUUAUGAUGAUUGUUUAAUUAUGCCAUGGUAGCCAAAGACUGGCCCCAUUGUACAAACGUGAGCAAUGAACACAUAGUAAGUAAAUCUACCAGACGAUUGAGCUAUGAUCAUUUUACAAUAAAUCUGCAUGACAGGA